UAAAAUAACUGAAAGUAGGGUUUAGGUAAAGGGGCAGUGCUCACAUUAAGAAAUCGAGAGAGACACUUCAGCAGCACGGAAAGCAUUUCAGUCUCUCUGAGUGGCUACAGGACUGUAGUGACUUUGUAAUCUUCGUUUUUUAUUUAUUAUCUUAGUGAAUUUUGAGCACAGACUAUCUGGAUUGUUGGAUAGAAACAGGACAAUGAUAAACAUGCGUCUGAUUUUCACCUUGUACCUGAUUUCAGCUCAGGCUGGCUGUAAUGAAAUGGUAAAAGGAUACAGAGGCGGAAGUGUCAUUGUGAAUUAUAGCUACAAUCCUCAACAAUACAGCAAUCACACAAAAUACUUUUGUAGGAUCACAGAAGGGGAUUGCAGGAACAUCCAAAAAUGGGAUAUUAAAGGAAAGUUCUUUGCUGCGGAUGAUAUUUCGGCUGGAGUUUACAGUGUGUUCAUUAGAAACUUAAGCCAGGAGGAUGGAGUACAAUACAGAUGUGGAGUGGAGAACCAAACAGUAUCAAACCUGCAGCUGCAAGUGGAAAAUGGUCUGUAUGAUGGACAGUCAUUUUCUAAGACGACUCAUCCUGGAGACAUGGUUUCUUUCAGCUGUACAUAUCCAGAAAGGCAUAAAAAUGACAUGAAAAGUGUGUACAGAGUGACCAAUCGGAGCAUAUCCGCCAUCAUAUUCACUUACACAGAAUCUGAAGAGAAAGGCAGGUAUGUUCUUAAUGUCUCCUCGACGGAUAACGUCAUUAAUAUGAGCAUCAGCAACGUGACGGUGGAGGAUCGAGGACUUUAUCUGUGUGGAGUUGCAAUGAGAAGGUCUACAUAUGCGAUAUACAUAUUUAAUAUCUUCAGUGAAAUGCAGCUUCAAGUUACUGCAACAUCAAGCAACACACCUUCUCCAGGGUCUUCUGUCAUCGGCAUCAUCGUGUACGUCGGUCUGGCUGUAUUGCUAAUCGCAGGAUUUGUGCUGAUUUUCUACAAACUGUGGUCCACAAAGACAAAAGGUGCCUCCUCCUCGCCGGCCGAGAGAGGAAACGUCUGUGAAGAGAGGGAGACAGAGAGAGGAAAAACGGGUGCCUAUUCGGCCUAUUAUGACGAGAUUCAGGACACACAAACCAAUACUGUUUAUGCCUUCGCCAAGAAACCCGAAACUCGUCGCAUCUCUCCAAAUCUAGCUGGUAGAACUGCCACUUCAUCUCCAAACACUGUUGAUCAAGAUUUCUACUCCAUGGUCCACUUUUCCAAAACAGAAAAUUACAGAUGUCAAACCAAGAAGACCAACCACCCAAGCACCAACAACUACGCAGACCACCAUGACAUCACUAUCAUCUUUAUCACAUGCGUCAGUUUCAGAUACCCCUGUGGUCAUCAUUCUCCCAGUUGUUCUGGUUCUCCUGCUCUUUGCCAUUGUUCUCUGUUUGUUACUUAAAUGGAAACAAAAAAAGGAUCGCAGUUCGCCGUCUCACACAGAUCACUUAAAUAACAGAGAGCUUGGACAUACUGCAGAGGACUAUGAGGAAAUUGAAGACUACAGAUUUCGAGCAAAUCUACGCACUGUUUACAACAAUGUUGAGCUACCCAAAGAUCCUUCAGUGUCACCUACCGGGCUUGACCAUUCUCCAGAGGAUUUCGAGGAGAUUAAAGACAUGAAAUAUCAUCCAGAACAAUGUAACGACAUUAACACCAACACUGAAGCACCAGCAGAUCCUUCAGAUCCGCCAGCAGAUCCGACUCAAUGCCACGAGUACGGCACAGUGAACUCCUGGCCAAAUUCACUCUGUUCUGAUCCCGAAAUUGCUUCCAGCUCUGUAAUAGAGGAGAUAUGAGUGAUUUCUUUAACUGUCCUUGCAGAAGAUGUGAAGUGUAAGUUGGUCUUACUAAAACACACACAUGUGAGUUAGAUUCUUGUGUUUUCCUGUAACUGUAUUAAUGCUUACCUUUAUGAGAUUUCUAUGUGUAUCAAGGGGUUUUUUUAGUUGUAAGUUACAAUAGGCUUCAUAAUCAUAGAAUAAAAUACUAGUGUGUGCCUACAUAUGAUGUGUUUUGCUUGAAUAGGAGAACUACUUGCUGGUUUUGUUGCAUACAUUCUCUCUCUAUCUCUCUCUCUCUCUCUCUCUCUUUCUUUUUCUCUCUCUCUCUCUCUCUGACAUUCUCCAUGCUUUAUUAAUAAAGGUGGAGAAAUGGGAGGAAUGAAGUG